UCGCCUGCCUCCCUUCCUUCACACCGCCCCUCCCAUCCCCCAUCUCUCUCCCUUGCGGCCCGAUCUCCCCGACGGCCUCUGUGAGCCUUCCUGCCGAUCUCCAUCUUCAUCUCAGAAAGGGUGGUCGGUCAGCUGCGUGCAGAGCCAAGAUGCCGUACAAGUUGGUGGUGAUGGGCAGCUGUGGCGUGGGCAAGAGUGUGCUGACCAUCUGGUUCCUCCAGAACCGCUACGUGGCCGAGUAUGAGCCCACUGCCAGAGACUUGUACCACGGCGUGGUCGAGGUGGGCGGGCUGCCCUGUGAGCUGGACGUCUUGGACACCGGCGGUGCUGAGGAGUACUACGAGCAGUGGGAAGACUUCAUGCGCUGGGGGGACGGCUUCCUCUGUGUCUAUGCCGUGGACUUCAUGAAGACCUUUGUGGAUGUGAACCUCUUCCGCACCCAGCUGAAGAAAGUCAGGGGCACCAGCCGGGUGCCCAUGGUGCUGGUGGCAAACAAAAUCGACGAGGCGCACUGGCUGGUGGACUCGGACUUGGGUCAGGAAGCAGGCAAGAGCUUCAAUGUUCCCUUCGUGGAAGCCUCGGCCAAGACCAGGUAG